AUGGAACCUGGCCCCGGCCCUGCAGAGCAGCUGGUCACAGGGGAGCCAGCCAUAAGUUAUGGCACCAUCGACCAGGCGGAUGCGAAUGCCGCGAGUGCCUCCAAAGACAGAUCAUUCUCCCUCGCUCCAUACAUGGCCGAGUUUGUUGGAACCUGCAUCCUCGUGUUUACUUUCGGAUGCGUCGCAGUGUCGCCGACACCAUCCCUCUUCAAGCCGAGCGCUGCAGCAUGUAUUGUGACAGUCAUGGUAUACUCGACUGCAACGGUGGCUGGAGGCGUGGCUGGAGCAACAGCUUUGAGGGCUCUUUUUGGCAGGGACAUGGGUCUUGCUUACACGUGGCCUGCUGCUCCUGCUUCUCCAAGCUUGGGCGCUGCAGUGUCUGCAGAGUUGCUCUACACAGCCUUGCUCUGCUUCCUGGUCAGCUGUCUGAUCGUUUCCAAACGAAACAACCCGAAGCGUGACCAGAGCCAGUCGUUUGGGCUCGCCAUUGGCCUCUUCUACGUGGCAGGAGUGCUGACUUAG